AUGAUGCCUUCGGCUAUUAGCCCAGUAAUUCCCGCAGCUGCAAAAUUUGAUCGCAUGGCCUCCGAGGUCCAUAAUCUCGACCCGGAAGGCGAUGUGACGCUUAUCAUGACAAGAUAUCUCGAAUGUGAGAUUAUAUCCGAAUUAGGGGAGGAAGUCGAUAGUGCCGUCUCAAAACAAAAGGUUUCUUCUGACGCCGCGGAUGCAGAGGUCCUAAAUGGGGCUAAUGGUAAUGAUUUGAUCACUUGCGAACAAGAAGUUUUGAUACGAGCUUCUUCUCGGCAUUUAAUUCUCGCGUCGUCGGUUUUCCGCGCCAUGCUUCAGCGCAAGUUUAGCGAGUGUAACGCGCUUCAGAAGAACGGAAGCGUAGAAAUACGGCUUCCUGCCGACGAUCCCGACGCAUUUCUUAUCCUUUUGAAUAUAAUCCAUGGUUAUAUGCGAAGGGUCCCAACAGAAGUCGACAUUGAUACCUAUACUCAAAUCGCCGUUCUGACUGACAAAUAUGACGUCCACGAAGCUGUUGAGAUUUUUGCAAACUCCUGGUUCGAGAAGCUCAAGGAUGCCAUCCCAGACGGCAAACAGAAUCUCCCAUUAGGCGACCUUCCUAUUCCUGCAUCUGUUGCAGAUACAAUCGACUCCCAACGCAUCGACUCCAUAUCCCGCAUCGUUUCCAUCCUCCACGUCCAGCUUGCAGACUACCUCGAGAAAGAGCACUGCAGUUUCGAAUGCGAUUCACUUAUGCUUGGUGCCCUGACAAAGCGGCUGAGGGCGCUUCAUCUCUUUCCUAAUCGGCCAGACCCUCCAUUCACCGGCCUCUGCUUCGAACAAUUCGCGUACCGCUUUGGACACGGCCUUUACUUCCCUGCCGCCCAGCGAACAAGCACCUAUUAUUACGAGCAUGCCAAGUGCGCCAUUCCGUCUAUUGAACAAACGCUGACGACGUGUAAUGAUCAGCUGGCGGGCUUAGAACUAAAUGAUUUCAAACCAUGA